GCAGACUGCAGACUGUCCACAGUGCCGAAACAUUGGAGCAGCACACCCCUUUUAAAGAUGCAUGACUGCUCACAGUGCGGGAGGAGUUUUACUCGUCUAGGUGAUUUCCAAAUUUACCAGCGCAGUCAGAUAGGAGAGGAGCUGUAUCACUGUUCUCAAUGUGAGAAGAGUUUUAGUCAUCAGACUACUCUCCAACAGCACCAGCGCACCCACACAGGGGAAAAGCCGUAUCACUGCUCACAGUGUGGGAAGAGUUUUAGUCAUCAGACUACUCUCCAACAGCACCAGCGAACCCACACAGGAGAGAAGCCGUAUCACUGCUCACAGUGUGGGAAGAGUUUUAGUCAUCAGACUACUCUCCAACAGCACCAGCGUACCCACACAGGAGAGAAGCCGUAUAACUGCUCACAGUGUGGGAAGAGUUUUAGUCAUCAGACUACUCUCCUACAGCACCAGCGUACCCACACAGGAGAGAAGCCAUAUAACUGCUCACACUGUGGGAAGAGUUUUGGUCAUCAGACUACUCUCAAACAACACCAGCGUACCCACACCGGAGAGAAGCCGUAUCAAUGCUUACAGUGCGGGGUGCGUUUUAGUCGUCAGAGUUCUCUCCGACAACAUCAGCGUGUCCAUACAGGAGAAAGGCCCUAUAGCUGCUUACAGUGUGGGAUGAGUUUUAGUCGUCAGAGUACUCUCAAACAACACCAGCGUAUCCAUACGGGAGAGAAGCCAUAUAACUGCUCACAGUGUGAGAUGAGUUUCAGUCGUCUGAGUACUCUCCAACAGCAUCAGCGUAUCCAUACAGGAGAGAAGCCAUAUAACUGCUCACAGUGUGGCAUGAAGUUUAGCCGUCAGAGUACUCUCCAACAACAUCAGCAUAUCCAUACAGCAGAGAAGGCAUAUAACUGCUUACAGUGUGGGAGGAGUUUUACUCAACAGAGAAAUCUCCAGCAACAUGAGCGCAUCCACAACGGAGAGAAGCCGUAUAAAUGCUCACAUUGUGGGAUGAGUUUUACUCAAAAGAGUCAUCUCCAGCAACAUGAGCGCAUCCACACAGGAGAGAAGCCGUAUAAAUGCUCACAGUGUGGGAUGAGUUUUACUCAACAGAGUCAUCUUCAGCAACAUGAGCGCAUCCACACAGGAGAGAAGCCGUAUAAAUGCUCACAUUGUGGGAUGAGUUUUACACAUCUAUACACUCUUCAAAUACACCAGCGCAUCCACACUGGAGUGAAGCCGUAUAACUGCUCACAGUGUGGAAGGAGUUUUACUCAACAGAGUCAUCUCCAGCAACAUGAGCGCACUCACACAGGAGAGAAGCCGUAUAACUGCUCACAGUGUGAGUAGAGUUUUGGCCUUCAGAGGAAUCUCC